CAUGUGUUUUUAUUUCGAGAAGGUUAUUGAUUCCGACUUGACAAAUUAUGAAGAUUUGGUUGAAUCAAUUAUAGUGCAGUACCAGCCACGUUAUUUGGAAGUUGCACAUGUUCACUACUAUGAUGAAGUUCUGAAAACGUUUCCAGAAAUAAAAUCAGACUAAGAGUUGAUGUAUAUGUUUGAGAAACAUGCUAAGUCAAAGAUGGUGCAGAUGUUCAUUGUAUAUUGGGAACCCUCUGAACCAUAUGAGCCUAUCAUUGAGUAUUAUAGUGAUGUGCAUAACUAAGCUAAGAACAACGUAGACCAAGAUGAUGAUAGUUAUCUUCGCAACCCAAUACCGGAGAAUGAACAUGUUGGGAUUGAUGAAGAGAAUAUGUAUUUGAAGGAAGAACCUAAAGCUCUAAAUGUGGUUCUUUUUCCUGAUAAAGAAAAGGACCAAGACUAUGUUGCUGAUGGUGAGAGUGAGGAUGAGAGUGAGGAUGGGAGUGAGGAUGAGAGUAAGGAUGAGAGCGAGGACGAGACUAAAGUAGAGGAGGAUGAGGAGUUGCAUGAGGUAAAUCAUGCCCCAAAUAUAGAGUAUGAUAAGGAUGACCCUCCUAUGACUGAAGGUUUCAUAUAUCCCAAUAUGAAGGAGUUUAAGUUGGCCCUUUCUCAGCAUGCUAUCAAACAUGAAUUUGAGUAUAACACGGAGAAGAGUGCACCAUGUAGGUUCAGGGGCUAUUAUAAAAGAAGAGAUGAAGAUAAUUGUCCAUGGAGGAUACAUGCUUCGAUAACAGAUGAUUUAUGUACCGUAGUGGUGAAAAAACCCUUUUGGUCAUGAUUGCUCUAAUGCAAGAAGGAAAAAGAAGGUGAAGAAUGCAACUAAGUACUGGAUAUGUGAGAAGGUGAAGGACUGGCUCAUUGAAGAUGCAACUCUAGGAGCAAAGGAAUUGCGAAAGAAGCUUAAAGAACACCACAAGGUCAAAAUCAACUACAAGAGAGUAUAUAUGGGUAAGUUGCUAGCCUUGAAGCAACUAUAUGGUGAUUGGGAUAUCAGCUUUGACAAUUUGUAUAGGUUUAAGGCACAAGUUGAAAGUUGUUGCCCCGGUAGCAUAG